UCGAGUUUCGCGCUUCGGUUUUAGUUUAAUAUCGACACGUAUCGCAGAAUGGUGGCGUUACUUUGUCGCGAUUUUCUUCUUUCUGGUCGUCGUCGUCCUUGUUAUCAUCAUUGUUGUUAUUACGAUUAUCGUGUAAUAUACUCGUAGUUUUUCAGUUCAUCGUAUUGGUGAUGCGAACUUUUUUUGCUCCAGCAACGACUGCACUUUGUCAUCUUAAGGCUUGCUAGUCCUGAAGGUGAAAUUUUUCCAAUAUGAGUUGAACAAGGACAAUAUGAAGUAUCAAAUUUAUUUAUUCGUGGUUCUGUUUUUCAUUUUUCUAUCCAACGUCAAUGUUUCAACAGGUAAUAAGAUUAGUGAAGCAAAUCCUGAUGCUAAAAGAUUAUACGAUGACUUAUUGAGCAACUAUAAUAGAUUAAUCAGACCUGUAGAAAACAAUACGGAAAAACUCACCGUUUGGUUGGGUUUGAAAUUGGCUCAGCUCACCGAAGUGAACCUCAGAAAUCAAGUAGUAACAGCUAGCAUUUGGGUAGUGCAGAAAUGGUUCGAUUAUAAAUUGAGAUGGGAUCCGAUAGAAUACGGCGGUCUGGAAAAAAUUAUUGUGCCUUCUGAAUUAAUUUGGUUACCUGAUAUUGUUCUAUACAACAAUGCUGAUGGAAAUUUUGAAGUAACACUGAUGACCAAAGCUAACUUGAAAUACGAUGGGGAAAUCGUCUGGGUACCUCCAGCUAUUUAUAAAUCCUCGUGCGAGAUGAACGUUUUGUAUUUUCCAUUUGACGAGCAAAACUGCUUAUUGAAAUUUGGCUCUUGGACUUACAAUGGCCUUCAAGUUGAUUUGAAACAUAUCGACGGAGUUAAUGACUCUACUAUGGUCGACGUUGGGAUCGAUUUAAGCGAAUUUUUAUUAUCAGUUGAAUGGGAUCUGCUCGCAGUACCUGCCACCAAAAACGAAGAAUUCUAUCCUUGUUGCACAGAGCCUUAUGCUGAUAUCACUUUCAGCAUAUUGAUGAGAAGGAAAACGUUAUUUUAUACGGUGAAUUUGAUCAUUCCUUUAGUCGGUAUUACAUUUCUGACCGUUUUGGUGUUUUAUUUACCAUCCGAUUCGGGAGAAAAAGUAACGUUAUGCAGUUCGAUAUUGGUAUCGCUGACUGUGUUUUUCCUCCUGUUAGCUGAAAUUAUUCCCCCGACGUCGUUAGCUGUUCCACUAUUAGGAAAAUAUCUGCUGUUUACGAUGACGCUGGUGACUCUGUCAAUUUGUGUCACUGUGUGCGUGCUAAAUGUGCAUUUCAGGUCACCAGCGACUCAUAAAAUGUCACCGUGGGUACGCAAGAUAUUUCUAGAUAUCAUGCCUCCUUUACUAAUGAUGCGUAGGCCACCAUAUACUCUAGCCGAUCUGUACGGACAUAAUUAUCUGAUGGGAAGCUCGGCGUAUAUCUGCGACGACGUUAGGGAUAGUUUUAGCGAAGGGUAUGGAGUCGAUCCAAAAAACAGCAGUCCUCGUGAAUUGACAGUAGGUUAUGAAACUAUGUCAUCGAUUUAUAAAUCUUCGUGUUCGAGAGAAUCACAUAAAGGACACGACUCUGCUCCCAUUGAUCCAGAAAAUAUUAUACCACGUCAUAUGUCUCCCGAUGUUCUCACCGCAUUGCAAGGUGUUCGCUUCAUUGCUAACCAUAUUAAACACACUGAUAAGGAAAAUGAGGUGAUAGAAGACUGGAAAUACGUAUCCAUGGUACUGGAUAGAUUUUUCCUAUGGGUUUUCACGAUCGCUUGUAUCGUUGGCACUUGUAUGAUCAUUUGUCAAGCUCCAUCUCUUUACGAUAAAAGACAACCGAUAGAUCAAUAUUUCAACGGAACGAAAAAGAAUUUCAUCAUUCCCGUACCUUUUGUUUACAACAUGACGGCUGAAAAGGAAGAUAGCACGUUUUAAGAGCUCAAAACACCUGAGAAAUUGUGCUAAUUUCACGUUACAAAUCAUAUCUUGAAAUCAGAUGUACUUAUACUUUUACCUACGCGUAUUACAUUUACAUGUACCUAGUUCAAAUUAGAUAAUAAAAAUGCGACACGUGUUUUCAAAUUUCAAAGAUGAUGUUGCAACGAAAAAAGGGUAUUCGUGUAAUUGCAUAGGUGGCUUUUCGGCUCUAAGUUAUAGCUUAUCGUUAUUAAAUCAACUGGACGUUACAUUGAUUCAAAUUUAUAUAGAUCUGUUCAAGUCUUCCCAACAUCAUCUCACAAGGUGUUACACUCGUCAAAAUCUUUCCUAUACUUAUAGGUAUUACCCAUGCCUUGUUAUCUGUAAGUAGUACUUAAGCGUUAAUUAGUGCUGCGGUCAUCAAAUUUUGUUGUUAUUUUUCAAAGUUGAAGAAUUAUGCUGUUUAAUAUUUAGUGUAAGUAAAUGAUUUUUAAAAAACGUUGUUAUAAAUGUUCAAUAUUUUGCUUACGUAUCUAAUUAGAUUUUGACGCGAGUGCGACUGAGUUACUAUAAGAAUAAGAGAAGAUACUAAAUUGUUUGUGAGUUACUACAUAUAUUUUACUUUUUCAUUUUUUUGACAUUAUUUUAAAUAAAUCGUUAUAAGAUCAGUGUUAAA